CCUCGACUUCUCCCUCCCUUCCUUUCCUUGCCCUCACUCUGCACGUUGUCUUCUCGAGUGCGAACAUUACCUACGUGGCUCUGAUCUCUCCUUGUCUUCCCUUUUUUCCGUCAGCGCCUUGAACCCGUACACAUCCUCUUACACGCAGUUCUCCCCUUUGUAUUCUUUUUGGCGACCAUUUCUCCGAGCCCUGCUCCUUUAAUGCUUGUCGAUUGCAACCUUCUAGCCGCUCCUUAUUGCGAUCAUAGUUUUUUCUCGACUAAUGCUAUAACUGUAAUCUGAAACUAAGCUCUAUUGUUAGAAGUGAAGGCACUUGAAACUCGGAAACUGGGCUGCCGGUGCCUCUCACCCGACCAACAUCCAGCGGCGCGCCUUCAUCAUCGUGCGCGUUCAGCACAUGACGCAAGCCCGGCUCGAGACGUCGCCGUGCGGCAGCUCCAACUGGUCCGACACAAGCAACGCCUGCGCCUGGGUCAACCUCAAGUUCGUGUACAUGCUGUCCCCCAAGGACGGCAGCAGAUUGGCUGUCACGCUCGAGACCUCACGGUCCCACCUGCCCACGCAGCCCGUGCAGUGGCGCAAAGGCAAGCCGCCGGCGUGGCCCGACAUGGUGCACGGGAACCCCGACCAGUCCCACGGCGUGGACGUCUUAAAUACGGCAUGUUUCAGUGGGGUGACCGGGAGGGUUCUUCGCCUGGUCGGGCAACACAGGGCUAGCCCAUCACCAGAAGGUCAUCUCGUCUUGGGUGACCGCCGACAUCCAGGAGAUUUCGGACGCCUUCAACCGGGUCGCGACGGAGAUGAAUGCCAAGAUUAUGAUGCCGGCGGGCAAUGUAUUCCGUACAAGGGGUUGAAUGUCGAUGACACGGGCAACCUAUACUCGAGCAUGGUGCAUAAUAGGCUGACGAACGGGGAGCAUUUUGUAACCCCGAGUCAUUCCCCCUAAGGUCUCUGACUGGCGCAGCGGCAUUUGGGAGAGCCUUCCCUUCGCUGCUGGGGGUGUAACCAUUUUGGCGACCGCCCACCGCACCGAAUUUCUAGAGCAUCUACCUUUACAAAGAAGGAGAGCAAAAUGGAAACGCGGCUAGGGUAAACUAAAGCCUGUCCACAGAACACAAUACAAAGCCCAUCUUGCAGGACCUCUCUCUCAUAGCUGCUUACGGCCCAAUCCUGCG